CUUUAGUUGGAAAGUCUUGCAUCUUCACGUAUACGUAAACAUAAAUACCCCACCAUCACCACAAUAAAAAGAAUGGUUAAUAAUUAAGGAUGGGCAGUAGCUUCACUCAAUCUCUUCUCAUUCAUUAACUUAGUCCAGUAUUCAGCAUGUCAUCUCAAAACCAUCACCCUGAAGCAGCUGAGAAUUACAACUUGGAGAUUCAAAGCAUGGUUUCUGGAAAAGUCGGUUCCUACAAUGAAGCGGCGUCUUUCAGGAUUGAGACGGAAGCAGGUGAUGGCGUUUUCUUGACAUGGACUGAUCUUUGGGUGACUGUUUCUGGGGGCACAAAGGGAAGCAGGGCGAUCUUACAAGGGCUCACAGGAUAUGCUGAGCCAGGGAAGGUGUUAGCCAUCAUGGGACCUUCAGGGUGUGGCAAGUCAACCCUUCUUGAUACACUGGCAGGAAGGCUACUAAGUUCGCGUAUGCAUCAAACAGGGGAGAUCCUAAUUAAUGGUCGCAAGGAAACACUUGCUUUUGGAACUUCGGCUUAUGUUACUCAAGAUGAUACUUUAAUGACAACGCUUACAGUAAGGGAAGCUGUUUUCUACUCAGCACAGCUUCAGCUGCCUGAUUCCAUGUCAAUAUCUGAAAAGAAAGAAAGAGCUGAAAUGACAAUCAGAGAAAUGGGGUUGCAAGAUUCCAUGGACACCAGAAUCGGAGGGUGGAGCACCAAAGGACUUAGUGGUGGACAAAAGCGGAGAGUCAGCAUUUGUAUUGAGAUCUUAACAUGGCCCGAGCUUCUCUUUCUUGACGAGCCCACUAGUGGACUAGAUAGUGCAGCAUCCUACCAUGUUAUGAAUCGGAUUGUGAAACUAGCUCACCAACAUGGAAGGACUAUAAUCGCAUCCAUUCAUCAACCUAGUAGUGAAGUUUUUGAGCUCUUCCAUAAUCUUUGCCUACUUUCCUAUGGCAAAACAGUCUAUUUUGGUCCUGUUUCAAUGGCAGAGAUGCUUUUUGCUACAAAUGGCUUCCCAUGUCCACCUUUAAGGAACCCAUCAGAUCACUAUCUUAGAACAAUCAACAAAGACUUUGAUGAAGACAUAGAGCAAGGAAUAGGAAGCAAUAGCACAGAGGAAAUCAUUGACGCACUUGUUAAGUCUUACAAGUCAUCAGAGAUAUGCAAGCAAGUUCAGCAUAACGUAUUAAAGAUAUCCCAACAAAAAAGAGGGCCUCUAGAGAAGAAGGGAAGUCAAGCCAGCUUUAUUACCCAAAGCAUUGUUCUUACAAAAAGAUCUUUUAUUAAUAUGUAUCGUGAUUUAGGCUACUACUGGCUUCGCUUUGCAAUCUACAUUGCAUUAUGUUUAUGUGUUGGGACUAUAUUCCAUGAUAUUGGCUUAACCUACGGCUCAAUUCAGGCUAGAGGAUCCAUGCUCAUGUUUGUUGCGGCAUUCUUGACUUUCAUGGCGAUAGGAGGAUUCCCUUCUUUUGUUGAAGACAUGAAGAUAUUUGGCCGAGAAAGACUAAAUGGACAUUAUGGGGUUGGAGCAUUUGUCAUUGGAAACACAAUUUCAUCCAUUCCUUACUUAUGUGUUAUCUCUUUAAUCCCAGGAGCACUAGCCUAUUACCUGGUUGGACUUCAAAAGAGUUUUGAUCACUUUAUGUACUUUGUCAUAUUGCUCUUCACUAGCACGAUGCUGGUCGAGAGCAUAAUGAUGACUGUUGCAAGCGUUGUGCCGAAUUAUCUCAUGGGAAUCAUUACAGGAGCUGGUAUUCAAGGGAUAAUGAUUUUAAAUGGCGGUUUCUUUCGGUUGCCUGACGACCUCCCUAAACCAUUCUGGAGGUACCCCAUGUACUACAUCGCAUUUCACAAGUAUGCGAAUCAAGGAUUCUACAAGAAUGAAUUUGAAGGAUUAAGUUUCCCCGGCAAUCAAGUUGGGGGACCUCCCACCAUUACUGGUGAUGAAGUCUUGAGAAGCUUUUGGCAAGUUGAAAUGGGAUACUCUAAAUGGAUUGAUCUUGCAAUCUUGUUUGGCAUGGUGGUUGUAUACCGUCUCAUGUUCUGGGGAAUUAUUAUCACAGUUGAAAAGAUUAAGCCUCUUAUCAAAGAUUAUAUGGCGGCCGCUGCUAAGAAAUCAAGUAUGAUAUUAGAAAACCCUUCCUCUAUUUCUUCACAAUUAGAAAUGCUUUGAAAGGUUGCAUAUUAAGUAUUUAUAUUGUUAUGACUUUGUCUAGGUUUGCAAUUCAAUAGAAUUUAACUACUCUCCUUGUUUGAAAUGAACACCAAUUUUAUGGUUUUUGUUUACGAUGCCAUUGGCGUGGACUAAUAUGAAAUAACUACCUUUCUAGUUACAAAAGAAAGGUAUGAGACAAUAAAUAUCUCCUGUUUUAUCAGAAGAAUUUGUAUACCAAAGUGGUAUAAAUGGUAUAUGCGAACAAAGUAAUCAAUUGUAUUGUAAAAA